AUGCGUCUUACGCAGAUGCUCCUCUCGUCUGCGCUGACGGUGCUGUCUCUCACUGCCACUGUAAAUGCCCAAAACGCGACGACAACUGCUGGAGGCUCAGCACCAACGACCGGGACCGCAGAGCCAUACAAACUUCAGACUCCACCUCUCGACACGGAAUGGACAUCGCAGGUUGGAAAAAACCCGUGGCCGGAACACCCACGACCGCAGCUGCGCCGACAGAAUUGGCUGAACCUGAACGGCAUUUGGACUUACCGGGCUGCGAGCGGAGCUGAUGAUGUCAACCACCCACCCUCAGGCAGCGUAUUGGACAGGGAGGUCCUCAUCCCCUCGUGCAUUGAAAGCGGACUCUCCGGUAUUCAGGAGCUCGACGUUACUCACUUUUGGCUUGCAACCACUUUCAAGGUACCAAGUGACUGGGGAAAUCAGUCAGUGCUCCUCAACUUUGAGGCCGUCGACUAUGAAGCGACUGUGUUCAUCAACGGCAAGAGGGUCGGGUUUCACCGAGGAGGAUACUUCCGCUUUACAAUCGAUGCGACGCAGUACCUCAACCCCGGUGGUAACAAUACUUUGUUGGUGUUCGUCUUUGAUCCAACGGAUCAGGAUGGCUAUGUUGUUCCAAUCGGCAAGCAAACGAGGACUCCUUCACACAUAUUUUAUCGCUCAUGCUCUGGUAUCUGGCAAACUGUUUGGUUAGAGAGUGCUCCUCCAAACCACAUCACCCAGUUGGACCUUUCCGCUGACCAUCAAGGGCAUGUGAACGUGUUUGUCCACAGCUCCAUGAGCCCUCCAUCGGAAGUGCAGAUUGCUGUUAUUGAUAAAGACGGUAACACUGUCGGCCAAGGUACCGGAAAUUCGGAUACUGCUUUCAACUUUACCGUGUCAUCGCCGAAUGUCUGGUCGCCAUCAACUCCUAAUCUGUACAACAUCACUGUGAGAAUGGGCAACGAUAACGUAUCAAGUUACACCGGCUUCCGCACUAUCUCUACUGGCAUCGUUGACGGAAUUAAGCGCCCUCUGCUGAAUGGUGAAUUCAUCUUCAUGUUCGGAACAUUGGACCAAGGAUACUGGCCCGACGGGCUUCAUACGCCACCCAGCGUGGAGGCUAUGACCUAUGACCUAAAAGUUCUCAAGAACCUUGGAAUGAAUAUGGUUCGCAAGCACAUCAAAGUUGAACCCGAUUUGUUUUAUCACGCUUGUGACCAGCUCGGCCUGCUUGUCAUCCAAGAUAUGCCAAGUUUAACAGCAAACUCUGCACGCCUGCCAAACGCUGAGCAGCAGGCUGAAUUCGAGCGUCAAUUACAGAUAAUGAUUCAAGAGCACAAGAGCUACACCAGCAUUGUUACAUGGACUAUCUACAACGAAGGCUGGGGCCAGCUGAGGAAUGCGCCUUAUCCCGAGGAAAGUCUUGUGGAAGUUGUCCGCAAAAUUGAUCCUACGAGACUCAUCAACGCCAACAGUGGCUGGUAUGAUCAUGGAUUCGGGGAUUAUUCAGACAACCAUCACUACGCCAAUCCUCAGUGUGGCACGCCGUUCUACUCGCUUGCUUCAUCUCCUUACGACGAGGCUCGCAUCGGAUUUCAAGGUGAAUUUGGUGGUAUUGGGCACAACGUGUCUAUUGAACACCUGUGGAACGUGCAACAGGCGAUUGACACGAUCAACCAGACCUACGAAAUUGACGAGAACCUCGAGGCCUACAACUAUCGUGGCCGAGUGCUCCUGAGGGAAUUCCGUGAGCAAGUUGAAAUGUACGCGUGCAGCGGUGGCGUCUGGACCCAGACGACCGAUGUCGAGGGCGAGGUCAACGGCUUAGUCACAUAUGACCGCCGGAUUCUCAGGCCCGACCUUGCACAGUGGCAGGUUGACAUCAAAAGCUUGUUCGACGCUGCGAAAGCCCGGAGCGGCCCUGUGAAUGGUACUAUGUAA